CUCGGGCGGAACAACUAAUCGAGUGCCCACAUAUAUGACAGAGCUUCUCUUCCGGUGUUCGUCAUCGUUUACCCGCGUCUGUUGAACACCCCACUUUGUUUGGCGGGAUUGGAGUCAGAGGCAGCAACUCAGUCAUCCAAUCGGCACAAUGGAAUUUGGCAGAAGGAAGAAGCAAACUAUCAGCCCUCAGGCGGAGCUUUAUGGACAUGCUCUGCAGUUCUAUGGGCAGCCUCCUCUUGAAAACAUCUCUCUCUCUGAAUUUGAGACUUUUGCUGUGGAGAGACUGAGAUUGUUGAAGACCGUUGAGAAUUUGGGGGUGAGCUAUGUGAAACUGUCAGAGGACUACAAAAGGAAGCUGGAGAAUGAGUCUAAAAACCUGAACUUUCCUUACAGGCCAGAGGCUACUGGACCAAGCGAAUCUGAAAAACGAAGAAAGGAUCAUAUCUCCCACUUCAUUCUCAGGCUUGCCUACUGCCAAACGGAAGAUCUCAGGCGGUGGUUUAUACAACAGGAAAUUGAUCUUUUCCGCUACCGCUUCAAUGAGCUGCAGCCUGAACAAAAGCUUGAAUUUCUACAAGGAAAUAAUCUGAAAUAUGUCACAAUUAAUGCCAAGGAGAAGAGGGCUUUGCAGGAGAAACUUGUCAACUCCAGUCCUGCUGUUAGUGGAGUCACUGUGGAGCGUCAGGACUUCUAUAAAGUUCCAUUUCAAGAUGCCCUGGACCUAGUGCGAACAAGGAAGGUGUACCUCAAAGCAGGCUACGUGUACAUCCCUCAUCAGGACAUCGUCACCAUUGUUCUCAAUGAUUUUCGCACCAGACUGUCUAAAGCGCUCGCAUUGACAGCCCGCUCACUACCAGCAGUGCAGUCUGACGAACGGCUCCAACCGCUCCUUAACCACCUCAGUCAUGCCUAUGUGGGACAGGAUUACAGCAUCCAGAAGAAUGUUGGGAAAAUCUCCCUGGAACAAAUUGAUUCGCUUUCAGGAAAGUCUUUCCCACUGUGUAUGAGGCAGCUCCACCAGGCUCUUAGAGAGAACCACCAUCUCCGUCACGGAGGCCGUAUGCAGUACGGCCUCUUCCUCAAAGGUAUCGGCCUCUCUCUGGAGCAGGCGCUGCAGUUCUGGAGGUCAGAGUUCAUCAGAGGCAAAGUGGAUGCAGACAAGUUUGACAAAGCAUAUGCCUACGGCGUCCGCCACAUGUUUGGCAAAGAAGGCAAGCGAGCAGACUACACCCCCUACAGUUGUAUGAAGGUGAUUUUGUCAAACCCACCCAGCCAAGGCGACCAUCAUGGAUGUCCAUUUCGUCACAGUGACCCAGAGCUGCUGAAGCAGAAGCUUCAGUUCUACAAAGUGUCUCCCAGUGGAAUCAGUCAGAUCCUGGAGCUGGUCAAAGGAAUGCACUAUCAGCUGGCGUGCCAGAAGUACUUUGAGCUGACACACAGUAUUGAGGAUGCCAAUUUUUCGCUGAGCCACCCCAACCAGUACUUUGUAGAAAGCCAGAAAGUUUUGGGAGGAGGCAGGGACAUAAAGCGAGAGAUGGAGACUCCACAGAGGUCGCAGGAUAACUCUGCUGCCAGAGGAUCCACUGCAGCACGAGAGGCAGCACCAAGCACUUCUCAGGAUUUGGCUGAAAUGACAGAGGACCUGGAUUCUUUCUUUCAAGAUGCCUGAUUUUUUUUAAACUCUUCUUUUUUACAUAUAGAAAUAAACGUUUGUCUUUCCUAUGAGGGCUGAAGUUUAUGAGGGUGGUCUGUAUCUGACACAAAAAAUAUUAGUUGCAUAUCAGCUAUCUUUUCAAUAAUUUAGUUUCAGUUAACCAUUACGUGAUUCUAAACUCAGUAUCACACCAUAGUUGAGUUUUCUACCUGAGAAAAUCACAUGCUAAUAUCGGUGUCGCUUCAUCAUUCAUUUUGCUGCUUAACCCAUGCGUUAAAAGUAGUCUCCUGGUUUGUUUUCUUUCUUUGUUUUCACUCUGGGCUGAACUCAGAUGGCUUAUACACAGUCUCAGUGCACAGCAUUCUGGCAGGAAGGCUGGUUUUGGGGGUGAUGACUAGAACAUUUCCCAGCUGUCUCAGAAACAAUGUCAUUGUAUUUGCUGGCAGGAGUAUGGAUGAAUGGUGGCAGGAGGAUGGAUGAAAAUAAACAAUUUCCACAGUUGUA